UCGCACUCAUUCUGGCCUUGAGAAUCCAUUGUACCUUUCCCGCCGAUUCGACUGCCGGCACUGCAAUUUCAUUUUUUCCAGACAAAAUAGCGUAUAAAAAUUUGUGAGUUUAACCUUUCCUGCAGUCUUAGAAGAAUUCGCAAUGUUUAAUCAACCAGACAGCCAAAAUGCUGAGGGAGGAUUUUUCAAUGAUUCCACGUUUUCUCCCAACGUUGACAAAAAGAGAGAUGCGCCUCGAAAGCAGCAGACGAUUGGCAAUGUCACUAUCAAGCAAAUCGUUGAGUGUGCUGGAGAUACUAUCGUUUUUGCUGGAAGUGAAAUCAAUUUGGUCAAAGUUUUUGCCAGAGUGAAGGGCAUAAAUGACACUUCUGUGAAAACUGAAUAUCUGCUGGAGGAUGACACCGGAACGAUCCUUGGAGUAUCCUGGAGAGAUGGGGAUGCUGGUGAUGAUAGAUCCAAGAAGCUAAAUGUGGUUGAAAACACCCUUUGUGCAAUUGUUGGUACAAUUCGCACUGUGGAAGAAAGAAAAAAUCUGCUUGUUUUGCACAUAGACGUGGUGGAGAAUGCCAAUGAGCUUACGACACACCUCCUUUCAAUAGCUCACAUGAAGCUGAAGGCACAGAUAAGGAGUUCGAAGGAGCAUCAGCCGAACGGAGCUCCUGCAGCCUCUAAUGUGGUGAAUGGUGUUGGCAAUGGCAAUGCCGGGGGAAGUCCCAACAGAGUUGUCCACCAAUUUGUUACUGAGAUGGGUGCUAAUGAGGAUGCUGGAGUUGGCAAGGAUCUCAUUGUGCGCCACUUCGCAGGACAGUUUUCUGCGAGGCAGAUUGAGGAAAUAAUCAUGGACCUCUGUAACGAGGGUCAGCUGUACACAACAAUCGAUGAUGACCACUACAAGUCAACGGAAUAAGUUCGCCAGUUAAAUCAACACUCAUCCUUAACCUUAUAAUCUUAAAAUUUAAUUUAAAUAUUUCAGUUCCAAGCAGUUUUAAGUGCAUUUUUUUAUUCAAAAUAAUCAUUUAUCUACUUUAAAAUACAAACACUUUCUCAAUUAAUCAGGAAUGUAAAUGAUUAAACAUCCAUUUUUCGUAACAAAACAAUUUUUAUUUCCUUGAUAAUAUCAUUUAUACAAAUCAUGAAACUUCCUCAACGCACAAAUUGGAAUGUAAAUCGUGUCAUUUUAUUUAAAAACAAAAAGCCCAGUAAUACUAUAAGGGGAAAUUGGGAAGCUCUCAAUUUUUAUAUUGUACAAGAUGAGCUUUAUGCAUUUGCAUCUAAACUUCUUGUGUAUUCGGCAUAGGUCAGGUAGCCAUCAUCAUCCUUGUCUGAACGUGUCAGCAUUAAAUCUAGUGCUUCAACUAGCUCCUGGUCUGUGAAGCUUGUCCUUGCAUUUACAUGUUCAUCCGCGUGAUCAACUGAAACCGCCAAGUUGCGAUGCACAUUUUUAGUCUAUAUUUGUAUAUAAUGAGAAUAAAUGCGUACACGAUCUUUUCUAAUGAGAUUUUCUGUGAACAUUCAACAAAAAGGUAAAAGUGGGAAAGAUUCAAUCUGAGACAUUUCAACUAUAAAACAGCACAAUUAUUCAUACAUA